CUAUUCACAUGACCUGAAGAAAACGAAACAUUAUUGAAACUGGAAACGCCGACAUUUAUUAAACCACAACUUAAAGAAAAUUCAUCACACAAGAUCUGAUAUAUUAAAUGAUGCCAGCUACUGUAAACAAAUAUUUUUGAGAGGGGCAAGUAGGACAAAUAACCGGCUUCCGGUUUGGCAAGCUGAGAAGUUGUCAAACGUCGCAUAUAAGAUGGCAUUGCAGAGCAAUUGGAACUUCAAUAAUUCAGAUUUGCAGUGGUUGUUGACAUGCGAAAAAUCAAAGGAACACAGCAUUACAUCUUGGGUUUAUGCUGCUCAAGCUAUCAUUGCUUGCUCAAGUGGUUUAAUUAUAUUUGCCAAGUACAACAGCAUCAGUGUUCUAAACCUAAAUGUUCAUAUUGAUGCGAUAUCAAAUACAUGGUGGAUAAUCUACUGCAUAAUUGGGACUUUGAGAGCUAUCCUGAAUUCGAUAAAUUUCUGGCUCUAUGACAAUGAAAAUCGGACAGAGACAGAGAAAACUAUAGAGCACUUGAUAACUGCAGAUUGGAGCUCUAAAGCUUUAGAGACCCUCAUUCUGUGUUUCGCAUUGAAUUAUCAAAGGAAGUAUCGGUCCAGUGCACAAAUAAAUGAAGAGGUUGACAGUUAUAGCAAAUCUGGGAAGGCUAGAAGCCAAUUCUCAUUUCGGCGAUAUUUAAUGAAGGCAAUGGCAUCUAGUGGAGCUGUCUUACUGGCAUUAGCCUUAGUGACAUGGAUCGGCAUUAUCCUUCUAUUUGUGAAUUAUAGUAAACCCAACCCCACACCUUAUUUCUGGAUUUACGUUGGAUGUUGUGGAUUAUUGCAUUUGGCUGCACUUUGGCUUACGAUACUUAUUAUUGUAAAGUCGCUAGCCGAAGGGCCUAGCAUCUUUACCAAGAUACUGCUUCUCCUGGCUGUGCUUUUAGCCAUGCCUAUCGAUAUACCUGGAUUCAUAUGGCAAAAUGUUUUCACGAGUAGCAAAUGCUACAUACAUUACUUCUCCAUCCUUGACAUAUUCGGUGUGCUCAAGUGCGUCUCGUAUUUCUUCUUCGUUUUGGCGGUGAGAGCGGAGUAUUUGAGAUUAAAGCAGGAAUGUCAGUGGGCAAUGCUGAGUGAGGUGCAGAGAUUCAGCUUCUGAACAAAGAUUUAUCAACAAUAAUGCUUUUAAUCGAUCAAAGAUUUUAAUCAGUGUUAGUGAUCAAUCAUAUCUGAUAUGAUUUGUUGUAUGUAAGUGUAUUUAGCUUGUAAACUAAUGCGUUGUUAAAGGAAAUCUGUCACGACGUUGAUUGGUUACAAGAACAAAGGGAUUUUUAUUGUUUCCAGUCCCCCUUUGAUUUAUCGCAUUGUAAAAAAUAUGGCGGAGCGCUGAAAUCGUGUUUAGGCUAUUGUUCCAGCUAUUGUUCUUGUUAACCAAUCCACAACAAGUCAGAUUGCCUUUAAAUGGUUGUUGAAUAUGCUUUGUCAUUGAUUUUACGUAGUAGAUUUAGUGCACGUAGAAACUUGCUCUGUAAGUUUUAUGUUUUAUAUUUUGAUUCUUAAUAUUUAUGAAGUGACCAUUAUGAAAUCGUAAGUAGCUGCCUGGUGUCUUGUGGAACUGUUAAUUACCAGCAAGAGAAAAUUUCAUGGAGGUUACUGUCCUUCAUUUGUUGGGUUGGGUAGUUUCUUGGUAAGAGGGAAAUGUUUUGCAAUUUGUCAAACUUUAAUAUCUUGACAGAGCUGAGCUGCGGUAACGCAACAGCUAAAAUGAGCGACCACCAAAUUGGCAAUGCGGAAACCAAGGACAACUUUUGUUCCAGCAGUGGCCCAAAGUAGAAAGAGCGAAAACGUUCUAUUUUGUAAUUGUUUCAACAGAAAAGGUAACCCAGGCAAGACCUUACAAAGAAGACAGCUUUUUGGCAAAGGCAAUGCAAACUAUUGUAUUGAUUUAUGAAAUGAUCUCGGUUUCCCUUGCUAUUUUUUCGAUCACAUCAGGUACCAAUAAAUAUUACCUUAUACUGGGGGGACGGGCACUUACAAAGGGUCUUGAAUGUGACUUUAAUCUACUUUUUGGUCUCAGUAUUUUCUGCGACCUUGCUUAUAUUGAAUAGUAAAACAUUGAACAACGUUUUCUUUUAUGUAAGAAUUUAACACGGAAAGUUUUACCAAUAUUGUAAUUUUACUUUUGUGAAUUUUGAAAUUUGUAUCUCUAACCCUUACACGAUUUAAAUUUAAGUUAGAUAAUAAUGUAAAUUAUAUUUUAUUAAAAUGCCGCAAAAUUCGGAAUACUUCGGCUUGACACCCAGGACUUUGGCGGUCUCCCUGGUUUCGAAUGAAGCUUUUAUUGGUGUUAAUCGUCAGACGUUCGUUUUAUAGUUCGCUUCGUAGUUUUAGGUUGAGUUAAUAAUCGGUGAAUUCUUGCUUUGUUUUGCUCCUAGGUCGUUUGUUUUUGCAAUUUAUUGAUGAAUACUUACAAGAAUAGAAUUUUUCUAUGAAAAUCUUUCUUUUAAGGAUGAAACUCUGUGGUGUAAGAAGACAUAUAAAAAUUUGAUCAAGAAGAUCGAGUUUUAAAAGUCAAUUGUUGCACUGAAGUUUAUCGAUCGAUAGUUACCAAAUGUUAACCGAAAACAAAAAUCACAGCUUGCUGUUACACAAACGGACUUUAGAUUAAGUGAUAAGGUGCUGGUUACGGGUUUCCUGGCAUUGCAAUCCGAAAUGGAACAGCGGAGGAGCAGAUUACAUCAUCAAUACAUGGUGGAAUUUCAUUGGUUGACUUUCCUUUAAAAUGAAAAAAGAAUUAGGCUUUUGGAGACCAAAAAAACCGUUCUUUUUAGCAAGACUUAUUCUCUAGCUCUCUUUUUAUCACAUUUAUUUUUUCACGUUUUGCUUACAGCGUUGAAACAAAAGUGAUUCAUGUUUACUUCAACGCUUUAGGGAAGUAGCAUAUUGAAAUUUGCCUUAAAAAGCAUUUAUAGUUUUUGCGGGAAGCUGUCCCCUGACUCCAGUUUCACAGUUAAAUGACAGAAUAAGGUGCUUUUGGGCCUUUCUUGUAUUUCAAUUCAUCGAAUUCUCCAAACGUCGCCAAAUCUUUCGCUCAAUUCAUUAGCAUUUGCUUGCUAACAUUUGACCUUAUUUCUCAAAAUAAUUUAGUCGAGGUUUCCAGACCCGUCAUCAAAAUCCUUUGUUUUCUUUUCCUGACUACAAUUCGCCUUGUAAACACAUUCCUGUUGCACUACUGAGUGUUGCUGUUGAAUCCAUAGUCUGGUUGAAGGGCAAUUCACGCUUGUAAAUAGCGUGAGAAUAUCAAAACAAAGGAAUUUAUCAAUAUGAUUUCCACCAAUUGUGACAAGAUUUCCGUCGAGUAAAUUGCCUGUCACUCAGAACAAGUUGAAUUGUGACUACCCUGGGUACUGCCAGACCCCCAGUAAAAGAGUGGGUACUAAGACGAGAAGAGAGGAAUGAGGCUCUGGAACCUAGGGUAAAUUGUUACAAACUUUGAGGAAACCUACGCGUACAGGAUUGAUUUCAGCUUUCCCCUUCUAUGCUACAACCCGCUUUAUAAUGGUCGUCUGGGGGCAGUUAUGUCUUUCUUAAUUUGUUUAGCAGCGGAACUUGUAGUUUUUUGAUUGCAACUUUAGAUAACCUUGAGGGACAGAA